UGAAGAGACGCUGUGUUUACAAAGAGUGGGAGAGACUGAGCCUGAAGAGACGCUGUGUUUACAAAGAGUGGGAGAGACUGAGCCUGAAGAGAGGACUGACUGCACCAUUAGCAGCUAAGGUAUCAACGUAACAUCAGCUACGACACUAUAUAUCAGUGCAGAUGGACCCUUUAUGCACAUCUCACCAAGAGGAGGAGAAGACUGAGAUCAUGAAAGAAGAGAAGGAAACGGAAGACGAGAAGAAAGAUGAGGAGGACGAGAACGAUGAUGAUGAUGAGGAAGAUGAAGAGGAGGAAGAUAAUAGCGAGACAACCGUGAUAGACGGGGAGGAGGAAUCAGAUGACAAAGCCAAGGGGACUGAACCCCAGCAGCAGAAGGACCAGGCCUGGGCCCCCACUACCUACUCCAAGUUUGGUAAAGAGGUGUUUUGCUACGUAGGAGAGGAGAUCAGCAUCUUUGAGGCCUUGGACUCUUACGGUGCUGUCAUCUGGCCAGCGGCGUUGGCUCUGUGUCACUACCUAGAGACCAACGUUGAGCAGUUGAACCUGGUGGACAAGGCAGUGCUGGAGCUAGGAGCAGGUCCUGGCCUAGUGUCUAUUGUAGCCACACUCCUAGGUGCCUGGGUCACAGCUACAGACCUACCAGAGAUCAUAGGUAACCUGAGAGCCAACCUGCUCCGUAACACAAGAGGGCGCUGGAGGAACACUCCCCAAGCUGCAGCUCUGUCCUGGGGUCCUGACGUGGAACGCAUCUACCCCAGAUCUGUCUAUCGCUAUGACUACGUGCUGGCGGCUGACGUGGUGUAUCACCAUGACUACCUGGAUGAGCUGCUGUUCACCAUGACAUACUUCUGCCGUCCAGGAACCACUCUGAUCUGGGCCAACAAGGUCCGUUUUCCCACAGACCUGGUAUUCACUGAGGACUUCAAGAACACCUUCAACACCACCCUGCUGGCUGAGAUGGGAGAGGUUAAGAUCUUCAAGGCCACAUGCAGAGAGACAGAGGAACACCUUCAACACCACCCUGCUGGCUGAGAUGGGAGAGGUUAAGAUCUUCAUGGCCACAUGCAGAGAGACAGAGGAUCACAUUCAACACCACCCUGCUGGCUGAGAUGGGAGAGGUUAAGAUCUUCAUGGCCACAUGCAGAGAGACAGAGGAUCACAUUCAACACCACCCUGCUGGCUGAGAUGGGAGAGGUUAAGAUCUUCAUGGUCACAUGUAGAGAGACAGAGGAACACAUUCAACACCACCCUGCUGGCUGAGAUGGGAGAGGUUAAGAUCUUCAUGGUCACAUGUAGAGAGACAGAGGAACACAUUCAACACCACCCUGCUGGCUGAGAUGGAAGAGGUUUAUGCCCUUGUGUGUAAAAGGUAGGGAUUAGGGAAGACAAAGGAAUAGUUAACAUCCUGCAGACUAUGCCAAAUGUAACCAAGACUUCCUGUUCCUUCUUCCUCUGAGAAAUGCUUGAAGACAGAAGGCGGCCAU